UCCCAGCACUCGACUCAAGGCAACCAGUUCGAGUUUGAGACGCGCGCGCAUCCUGCUGUGUGUGUUUGUGAGUGAGGACGUGGUGUUGCGGAUUCCUUGACUAUUAUACACAAAACGUGCUCACGAUCGGGACGUUCUCAGUGUCAGCGUGACUCGACUGUGUGUUGGUUCGUUAUUGGAUGCCCGUGAAAAUCCACGUUGGUGAUCGCCAGUGUGUGUAACGAGGAGGAGGGAAAGUGGCAGCGGCUGGCCCACUCAAGUUCGCCCGUUUCGUUAGGGAAAGGAAGUUGGAUUUACCCGCCGGCUACGGUCAGGUGUGACAGGGCCCUCUUUCAUUCGUAUCUACCACCACCCUCCUUACCUUAGCCGAGGGUUGUGCGAGAGACGAGAGAAAAAAGACCGUGGGAAUGGUUUCUUUGUCAUCCACAAGGCCAGAAUGCUUCGUCUAGAUGGUUUGAUUCCAAAGUGAAAUGAGGCAUUCGAAUUGACUUGAUUUCCUCGUUGAUUUCGCGAGUAGUAAAAAAAUACUCGCACAACAGGACAACCACCAACCGCCAAGCCAAAAAAAACAAACAAGGGAAAUCGCAGGAAUACAACAAUCAAAAUGCCUCGCGUCAAGGCUCGACACCUGGGAUUAUUGCAGAGUGUGUUGCUGCUUUUCCUUUGUCAACACAUUUCAUCCGCGGAUAACAUGCAGUCGCCCCGUUUCGUCACCCAACCGUCGGCGUCGGCCAGCAUCGUCAGCGAGGGCCGAGCCAAAUUCCUGCAAUGCCAAGCUGUUGGCUAUCCCCAACCGGAAUACAGAUGGAUGAAGGACGGCGUUUUCCAGACAGACUUCUCCUCGGAGCCUGUUUACAAAAUUCAAUCUAUACGGAGAGAAGACGCCGGCGUCUACCAGUGCGUCGCACGCAAUGCUGUCGGCUCCAUAUUCAGCGAACAAGUCCAAGUCCUCGUCGCCUACAUGAGCCCUUUCAGCGACCAGGCAGAAACGUCUUUGACCAUCCAGACGGGCGACGCGGCUGUUCUCGAAGUGCAAGCGUUAGAGUCUCAACCUAAACCGGCAGUAACUUGGGAAGCUGAAGAUGGCUCUCCUCUUUAUGGCCACAAGUACGCUAUCGGUCCUGAUAACCAGCUGGUCAUCUUGUCCGUCUCCGAGAGCGACCAAAAACUGUACAGGGCCCACGUCACCAACACGCAGCUGGGUCAAGAGGAGCAGAGCGGCGGAGUUCGAUUGGUAGUUCGCGGUAGUAGUAGCGAAACGGAUGACGUGCCGGCCCGCAUCGUGAUCGCGCCCCGAGAUACGGAAGUGGUUCGCGGGUCGCCCGUCACCGAACUUCAUUGCAUUGCCAAUGCCAGGUCGUUGUAUCACUUGGAAACCUUGUGGUUUAAGGAUGACGAGCCGAUCGAAAACUCUGGAAUCGGACACACAUUCAACGAUUUAUGGAAUCGAACUCUCUCUUUGCUCAAUGCGGAUCCGAGUCAUUCCGGCCGCUAUAGUUGCAGAGUUUCCACCAAGUCGUUGCGUUCGGAACCAGUCACGGCCGCCGCCAACGUAACCAUUCUUGAAAAACCCGUUCUGCUGGAGAAGGUUUCGCUGGAGACGUUGGGUGAUUUCGGAAGGAUCUCUUCGCUACCCUGCCGAGCCAGGGGAGUGCCCACUCCAUCCGUCAAGUGGUACAGGAACGUCGUGGACGUGACAACUUUACCGGGGAACAAAUAUUUCGUGGCGGAAGAUGGAUCGCUAAAGAUCCAGAAGCUGGCCAUGGAAGACGGCGGCAUGUUCCAGUGCGUCGCCUCCAAUAGCGCCGGUCAAGCCACGGCUUAUACCUGGCUCAAGGUCAAAAAGGAUGAACGCGAGUCGGUCAAAGUGACCAACGUUGUCCGCUUACGACCAAACGAUUUGCCCGACCGGAGCAAGGAAACUGGCUUUUAUUCACCCAAUUUCUUUGCGUCUGCUCCUGUCAUGGAAUCACCACCGGAAAACCGGACAGUCCGUGACGGUCGUGAUGAGACAUUUAGCUGCAAAGCAGGAGGCGCCCCUACUCCUAAUAUUACAUGGAUCUUUAACGAUACCACUGUGUUGGUUCCUUCUGGCCGCAUUCAAAUAUUAGAAGAUGGAUCGCUAUUAAUUGCUGCCGUACGAGCCAACGACGCUGGAAAAUACACUUGCAUUCGGACAAACGAGGCCGGUAGCGUCGAGGAUUCUGCUUUCCUUUCGGUCUUAGUGCGCACGCAAAUAGUGCAACCACCAGUGGAUACCAAAGUAAUUCUGGGUCACGUGGCCACUAUGCAGUGCAAAGUGUCCCGUGACUCAUCCGUUUCAUACAGCGUCCAGUGGCGACAUGAAAAUAAGGUUAUCGAUCCAAACCGGAGCCAGCGUAUUCAAGUCCUUCCUGACGGCACGCUACAAAUCGCCGAAGCCCGGGCGUCGGAUGUGGGCAGUUACGCCUGUCACGUGACAUCGGCCGGCGGUGACGAUUCUCGCAUCGCAAACCUCUACGUUAUUGAACUGCCGUAUCCGCCCAACGGAGUGGCCGCCACCCGUCUUGGCAAUGGCAAAAUGGUCAACGUCUCGUGGAUCGCCGGCUUCGACGGCAACAGUCCCAUCUCCAAGUUUAUCAUCCAAAAGCGCGUCGUGCCCGUUACCGGCCCAAUACCUGACACGGUUAAUAGCUGGACAACGGAAGUGGUCAAUGUUUCGGCCGACGUCCGCUGGAUCGACUUGCCUUCACUCAAGGCCGCCGCCGCCUACCAAUUCAGAGUCAGUGCGGUCAAUAGCGUUGGAGAGGGGCAACCGUCUGAACCCAGCAACCGAGUCACUCUACCACAAGAAGCUCCAUCAGGACCGCCAGUGGGAUUAGUUGGAUCGGCUCGUUCGGCCUCUCAGAUAAUGAUCCAAUGGCAGCCGCCUGAAGAAGAACACCGCAAUGGAAUGAUUACCGGCUACAUGGUGCGUUAUCGCCUGCAUGGUUAUGGUGACAAUAGCCCGUGGUCGUACCGCAACAUUACCAACGAAAAUCAACGGAAUUAUCUGAUUGAGGAUUUAAUCACUUGGAAAGAUUACGAAAUUCAAAUGGCUGCUUUUAAUCGAAUUGAUGUUGGCAAAUUUAGUAAAUCCAUUACGGUCAAGACGCGGGAAGGAACUCCGGAAGCCUCGCCCACUCAAGUGAGAGCGGAAGCCGUCAAUUCGACAACUAUCCGGGUGUGGUGGAAACCGCCCGAUCCACAGCUCAUCAAUGGUAUCAAUCAGGGCUACAAGCUUCAAGCAUGGAGAGGUAACAUUACAUUUAUUCAAUGCAAUUUGCCGACAGAUUUUAAUCCAAGACGGUUGAUUGACCUAUCAGGUGAUAACCCAGUUGCCGAGAAGACCGUAACUGUCCCCCCGAGUCCAUUUGAUCCAUUGGCGGAACAAACCGCCCUUGUGGAUGGUGUCCAGAAGUACACCGAAUACCAGAUAACGGUUUUGUGCUUCACAUCGCCAGGAGACGGGCCCCGCAGCGGCCACGUGACGGUUAAAACCGCUGAAGAUGUUCCGGACGAGGUGUCGAGUCUGCGUUUCGACGAGAUCAGCGAUCGCUCAGUCCGCGUCUCGUGGUCCCCGCCCGAAAAAGACAACGGCAAGUUGACUGGUUAUACCGUUCGGUGGUCUGUUAAAGACAUGCCUCAUACUCUCAAAGUGAAGAAUGUCACUGCCGAUCUUAGCAACUUGGUCGUCAAUAGUCUCCAGCCAACGACCCACUAUACUUUUGAAGUAGCUGCGUGGACAAGUACUGGCAUCGGGGCUAUUAGGACAGCUACUAUCCAGUCCGGAAUCGAACCUGUCCUUCCAGGAGCACCAACACGAUUGGCCGUCUCCAAUAUUGAGGCAUUCUCCGUCGUCCUUCAGUUUACGCCCGGUUUCGAUGGAAACUCGUCAGUCACCAAAUGGACAGUUCAGGCCCAGUCGUUACGUAACAGCACAUGGGACACGAUCUGGGAGGUGGCUGAUCCGGAGGCCACCACAAUCACAGUCAGAAACUUGACGCCAUUCAUGGAGUAUGCCCUUCGGCUCGUGGCUAAUAACGUAGUCGGCCCCUCACCGCCCUCUGAGCCGACCAAACGAUUCCAGACCAUUCAAGCCCCUCCGUCGCACGCUCCAUUUAACGUGACUGUGCGCGCCGUCAGCGCUACCCAGCUGCGAGUCAGAUGGACGCCUUUGCAACAAAUUGAGUGGUAUGGCGUCCCCCGCGGAUACAAUGUAUCCUACCGCCGAUCAAACGUCGACACGCCGCUCGACGCCGUCAGCAUCGAAGACCAUAACGCCAAUUCCUUUGUUCUCGAGGAUUUGGAAGAGUUCACCAUCUAUCAGGUGAUCGUCCAGGCUUAUAACGAUGUCGGCACGUCGCAACCCAGUCCGCCGGCAACUGAACGCACCCGAGAAGCCACUCCAAGUUCGGGUCCAAAGGUUGUCUCGGCUAACGAGACAUCGUCGACUACGAUCGUUGUGCGUUGGAACGAAGUUGACCUUCUGCACCGCAAUGGCAUCAUCGAAGGCUAUAAAGUGUAUUACGGAGCGCUCAACGUUCCCUUCCGCUACAAAAAGGUUCCGAGCAACGCCACUUUCACCACCACCCUAACGGAACUGAGAAAGUUUACCCAAUACUCCAUCCAAGUUCUGGCUUACACUCGUAUCGGUGACGGAGUCCUCUCGAUGCCGCCUGUAGUGGUUCAAACCAUGGAAGAUGUUCCUGGCGUGCCGUCCAAUGUGUCAUUCCCUGAUGUGUCGUUCUCAAGUGCUCGCGUCAUUUGGGACGUACCAGCGGAACCAAACGGCGAGAUUCUUGCCUAUCGGGUGACAUAUUUCAUCGACUCGACGCAAGCAACGAAUACGAGUAAAGAGUUUGCUCCUUCGGAUCGCACGUACCGUGUCACCAACCUCGAGGCGGAGCAGUUUUAUAUGUUCCAUAUUGCGGCUAAAACAUCAUUGGGCUGGGGCCAAGCCGCACGUGCCCUUGUUUACACAACCAAUAGUCGUGAUGCUCCUCAGCCUCCAUCAGCGCCGCACGUCAGUCCUUCUCAAAUUCAAAGUCAACAAAUCACGUUUAGCUGGGCUCCUGGUAGAGACGGUUUCGCUCCUCUGAGGUAUUACACAGUUCAAUACCGAGGAGACUCCAAUGGGCCAUGGCAGACCGUCAAUGAACGUGUAGAACCCACUGUCACGUCCUACACCGUACACACAUUGAAACCGUUUACAGCAUAUCAAUUUCGAAUUCAGGCUAUUAAUGACAUUGGGCCAAGCGGAUGGAGCUCCGAAUCGGAAGUAGUUCGAACGUUGCCUGCUGCUCCGGCGGCAGGCGUGGCUUCCGUCAAGGUGAUUCCGAUAACUACCACUAGCGUGAGAAUAGUGUGGCAUCCCCUGAGUGAAGAUGCCUGGAACGGUGAUGCACACACGGCAGCCUAUCGAAUCGAUUAUCGUCAAAUCACGGAUUUCCCAACACCUGCUCUUCUUCAAGGUGGUGGUCAAAAAGAAGAAAUUUAUGACGGAAAAGCCUCGCAGAUGAUUUUGAACGACCUUGUACGAGAUCGAAAUUACGAGAUCGUUGUCACACCUUUCAACUCCCAAGGCCCAGGUCCUUCUUCUUCCCCGACUACGGUGUAUGUUGGUGAAGCUGUACCAACCGGUGAACCACGUGAAGUGGCUGCUGUCGCCACCACCCCCACUGAAGUUCGUCUGACGUGGGUGGCGCCUUUGGCCAGCCAACAGAACGGCGAUCUGCUCGGUUAUAAAAUCUUUUAUUUAGCAACGAGCCAGUCUAUUGAUAAAGAAGAGAUGGAGGUCGUGCCUGCUUCGCACAUAGCACAUUCGUUGCCGUUCAUGGAUAUGUUCACUGAAUACCGCAUACAAAUUGUAGCCUUCAAUCCAGCUGGUGAUGGACCCCGAUCGGUACCAGUGACGGUUCGCACCUUACAAGGAAUUCCCGGAAGCCCUGGUGCUUUAAUGUUUAGUGACAUCACCAUGAACAGCAUGAAGGUGAGCUGGGAAGAGCCCAAACAGCCCAAUGGGGAAAUCACCGGCUAUGUUGUGACAUACGAGACGGCCCAACAGGAUGAAACGUUUAGCAAACAAGUCAAGCAGAAAGUUACGACCACUUGGUUGGUGGUGGGCAAUCUAGAGGAAGAGGUCACUUACUACUUUUCCGUUCGAGCUUCUACCUUCGAUUUGGGACCCCCCUCCACUGGUAAUGUGACAACUGGGCCACAGGAGGGCUCACCUGGACGUCCAAAAGAUCUGCUGAUUGCCCGAACGACCUCGUCCGUCAAUUUGCAAUGGGAAAAUGGGCCUGUUGGUAAAGGCCCCAUCAUCGGCUACUACAUCGAAAGCAGAAAGAAAGUGGUGGCGGACUGGCAAAUCAAAGAAGAUCAAUGGCAAACGGUAGCACGGACCGAUCAAGGACCCAUGCGAGAGUACAGCGUCUCCUAUCAGAAUCUGAUGCCCUCUUCCUCAUAUACUUUUCGCAUCGUUGCAUACAACAAAUUCGGUAUCUCUUAUCCGGUGUACACGCAUGACCCUUUCCUGACGCCCAGCAAAUUGUACUUGGAAUACAGUUACAGUACUCACCAAAAGCCUUUCUAUCACCAAACGUGGUUUUUGGUAACGCUAGCCGCUGGCUCAGUCGUGAUUAUAACACUGCUUGUGGCUGUCUUGUGUGUCAAGAGCAAAAGCUACAAAUAUAAACAUGAAGCCCAAAAGACGCUUGAAGAGUCACUGACCAAUGAAGAAAUGGGCUUCGCGUUUGAGAUGCGGCAAUCCAAACGAACGGGAACAAUUGGGCGAAACACGCUAAGUCGCCGUUCGGUGGCUGGAUCAGUAGGAGUUCUUGGUGGUGGAACGUUAGGUGGGGCUUCAGCAGGCCCGUCUGUGGUCGGCAAGCCACCUCCGCGUCCGGCGCCCUCUUCAGUAGCUUACAAUAGUGACGACGAGAGCGCUCGAGGGGGCUACGAUGAAAACCCUGACGAUAGCAGCUUAACAGAGAAGCCAUCGGAAAUAAGCUCGACAGAUUCUCAGGGUUCUGAAAGCGAACCAGAGAGUGAACGAGGAGAGCCACACUCCUUCGUCAACCACUAUGCAAACGUGAACGAUACUUUGCGGCAGUCGUGGAAGAGACAACGACCCGUCAAGAAUUAUACAUCGUUUACCGACUCUGAGCAAGAAGGGUCCACUGUAGUCAGCCUUAAUGGCGGACAAAUCGUUAUGAACAACAAGGCUAGAAGUCGAGCACCGCUGCCCGGCUUCUCUUCAUUUGUCUAGUUUUUUUUAAAUUCACAUUUAAUAUUUUUGAACGAAAAGUUUCGAUUGGAUUUUUAUGUAAAAGUUUUCUGACUCAAACUGUGAACCACAUCACAGGCAAAUGCUUUAAUUCUUAUGAUGUUGAUUCGCCGUAUUGCAAAGCGUUUCCUAUCUCACCUCAAUACGUCUCAGUUGAACACGAGCCGCAAACUUUACUUAACUUUUACAUCACACAAUUUAACGUGAGCUCCCAUGUUAUGGUGAAUUGUGAUCAGUUGUCCCUAUAUUUUGUAAAAAGAAAUCGUUUGUACCAAAUCGUCCAUCGAUUUAGUGCCUCUAUUGUCUAGUAUCAAACUGCCUUUUCGAAUUGUUCAACGUCACCAAAAUGUAACUGACUCCUGGAUGAAUGGAUUUUUCGAAUUUUGUGCGUGUGUGUUGCCGUUUGGUCUGUAUGGUUGUAUGUUGCUGAUGUUGCAGCUAAAUUAUAUGAUCUCUUUGACUCAA